AAAGGUGAAAUUCCUGAAGAAAUGCUGUGGUUCAUAUGGGCGCUCACUGUUCAGUAUGAUUGCGCCAUCAUAGUUCCUGGAAUUACUAUGUACAGGUUCCUCUGCGAUAAAAACUUCUCAGGAACAAAUCUUGAGAAACUUCUCAAGAUGUUUGCACCCAUCCCAUUUUGGAGAGGAAAACUCUUCAGUGCACUAACAGACCAUGACGUUUGGAACAUCCCUGAUAAGCGAAGACACAGGUUUUAUUAUGCCUUUGUCUUAAGAAGGCUGUUUGCUUAUCGUAAUGAGAUUCUUUACACCAGAAAUAACUUUAACAUUGUUGGUUACUCAAAGAUAUGGCCAACAGAUGAGAAACACUGUCUCAACAAUCUGGUCAAACAUCUCACCUUCCACAACAAUCCUAACGUCGAGGUACUCACAGAAGCCAUUGAAGGACUCUCACUUCCAUCAGAAGAAGAAGCUUCCUCCUCCAGGACUAUACAAGAAGAAUUAAGAGAGUUCCAAGCCAACUUCCUUGCUUCAUCUGUGACUUAUCCUACCCCGCCACUUCACCAGGAUGAACACCCAUGGAAUUCUCCUCUUGUAGACCAAGCCACAUAUGGCUAUGGAAACAUUGAAGACGAAGAGCCAGGAUCAAGGGUCUAUCCACUAUUGCCAAGCCCAACAUAUGUGGAUGCUGGGAUUGAAGAUGGUGACACUGAGGAUCAAUACACAGAAGGACCACAUGACCUUAUGGAUGACAUUGAUGAACAUGAGCCCAUUACGAAAUACAAUCUGUGAAGAAUGGGACCCAGCAAGAAUCAUGAUGUCCAGAAGUCAUUAUGGCUUGCCUCAGUCUUGAGGAUCCUGCCUAUCAGAAAUGAAACUGAUCCGAUCCAUGAGAAGUUCCAGUAUUGGAAAGAAAGAACAUAUCGGCAUCCAUGACGGUCUUGUCAUAAGGUCCCUUGAAUCCCCAAUUGAGAUGAGUUUAGUGGGAAAUCGGGAUAGAGAUGACAGGAUGUAUUGGUCCCUUGGUAUGUUCUUUCAGAAGUACGUCUGGA